AUGAAGAUAGCCAAACGUGACCUGCAAAGCAUUAUUGGUGACCUGAGACACGAAAUCAGGAAGCAGGUUCGCUUCCAGGUGUAUAAUGUCGAGAGGCAAUACAUGAACACUGCCAAGCCUCAACCGAGAGCCCUGUUGUACAGUUCUGGCUCUUUCCUACCUGGUCCUGAGGCAGCUCGUUUUCUGGAAGUGAAACCGAGAAAAGAAACUCUUCCCGCAUCCCCGCUUACUACGCCCGAGUUCCGGCAAACUGACAGGGUACGGCCGCGUCAGGAGGAACAGGGUGACGGGGAAAUAAAGCUAAGAGACAUAGUGGACGCCUCUCAGACAUCGCCGCUGCAGACCGAAUACCGCAGCCGGCAGCAAAGAAGGAGAUUGUUUUGGCUGAUGGUGAGGUCUCACAGUCCUCUCUAA